ACUGCCAAAUGUGGUUUCGCAUCCCAUCUUGCUAUGUCAUCUCACUAAGAGAUUAACUCCAGUUUGUGCACAAGCGCUUCUGCUUGUACGUGCGUGCUUUUUACUUACUCCACCAUCCCAUGGAAGUUGACAUUUCUUUUUUUCCAACGACUCCUCUUUCUAAAACAAGAUUAUCAAGCCUGUCCAUUUGCAGCCUAGUUACCUUUCAUCAAAAGGAGUGUGAUAACCUUCUUGGCUGAUUAAGCUUGCAGGAGUUUAUCAACACCAUUCACAGAAGCCAGGCAGUUUCCAUAAGUGGAAGGCAGAUUCCAAAAUGCCAUGGUUCCCUCUGUGUGGUGCUGUUAACCUAUCUCUCGGCUUUCUUUGCCUCCUCUUUGUUUCCAGCUUUGCCGCAAGCGCGAAAGAAGAAAACAAGAAACAAGAGCGGGUGGUAGUGUUGGCUACUGCAGAGCUGCCUGCUAAAUCGGUUGAUCUGGCAGCAGUUAACCUGACUGAACUGGUAAAUGGAAUGCUAAACAUGGCUCUCAAAGGCUCCAAAACGUUUUUCUCAUUGCUGAGCAUCACGUCGUACAGCUCAUAUGCCUUGCAUAAGGUUUCCAUAGUCAUCUACAACAUAUCCAACUUGAAGACGAUUGACCCCUCCAAAUUCCCCACGAGGUACUGCUAUUGUUUAAACAACAGGACAAAUGACUUAACAGAUUUUACAGCUUUGCUAGUUGAUAUCGUUGGCAACUCCACCAAUUACCUUACAGAAAUUUUUAAGUCUACCUCUAUUGUGUCAGUGAGCCAAGGAAAUGACACGGACUGCAUCUAUAUUUGUGUCAUGUCAGGCCGCACAGGCCGAAAUCUGUCCGAUUUAUGGGAAGCAAUAGAGAAGACACCUGUUAUUAAUUACACUUUUUCUGGAAACAUGUCGGACCUUCUGGAUUUAGACUUGAUCCACCCUGGUCUGAUUCCGGUACGGCAAGAUGCUGACAAGGUCCCAGGCGAUGCUGCAAAAGACACAUGGACAUUUAAAACUACAAAGAUGCCUGCGUGGUCACAGACUGGGGCCUUGAGAGGAAAAGAGAUGCUUUUGACGCAACAUCCUAUAAUGCUAAGGACUGUUAGUUUGAAAGGUUCUGAAGCACCAUCAGCAGAGGUUCCCUUGUGGCUGCAGACAGAUGCUUCAAGAGGGUAUGAGGUUUCAUCAACUAAAACAGCUUCAGCAAGGCCUCCUCCAACUCCUCUGAAAAGCUAUGCAAGUCUGUCGGAAGCUCUGUCAGCACUUACAACAGGGGUUCCUGUACUGCUGGCUUCCUCUUCUACAAAAGGACAGGAUGCAUUGAAGACCCACCCUCCUUCCUCUGAACCCUAUAUAUUAUUGACACGGCCAUCUUCUUCUAAAAGAACCAAACGACCUCACCAAAUACUGACAGGCAAUGUGCCUCUACCUGCACUGUCUCUACCACCACCACAAAGGCCUGGCAUCUUAGUAAAGGUGCAUUCAAGAUGUCCACUGGCAAUCAAGAAAGAGACCUCCAUGAUUACACCAUCUGUCACGGUUCAAAAGAUUCACCCAUGCGUGUUGGAGUUGUGCAAGUUUUACCAGCAGUGCCUUUGCUCAAGGGACAGAAGAUACUCAAGAGAUGAAGCUAUAAGUUUUAGGUACUGUAUUGAAAACUAUUCCUGGUUCUUGAAAAAUGCAAUAUACAUCUGUGAGAAAGUCAAGAGAACUGCUUAUUCAAAGACUUUAAAGCAAAGAUGCCUUGUGCGCAUUUGUAAAGCUAUUUAAAGCCCCAAGAGGAAUCGUUGCUAACGAGAAGACUUGCACAAAUGCUUAGGCUUCAUCCCACUGUCCACUGCAAGAAAUCACUGCUGGAUAGUACUUAGGAGGAGGAGGAGUUUUUCCUUAUAGUGGGGUAGAAUCUUUUCAAUUCCAGGUAAUGAUUAAAUGAACUGUAAUUAUAGAAGGUGGAGCUCAAACAAGAAUCUUAACUAUAAAGAUUUUUUUUUUUGCAUAUUGUACUUUAUAAAGUGUAUUCAUUAGUCCUGUUAAUGGGUGCAUGUUGUGGAUUGUUAACUGUAAAACCAGAUCUGAAUUAAAAUAAACGUAAGAAUUA